UUUUAUUUAUUUUAGAUAAGAAAUUUUUGUUUUCAUAUCAUUUUAUUUUUAGGACCUAAUGAUGAUGUAACUUGUUUCUAUUGUGGUAAUAUAUUAAUUAAUUGGUCAUCGGCAAUAUGUUCAACAAAUGAAAAUAUUGUUCAACUUGAACAUGCACGUUUUUUUCCAUGUCGUUUUAUUAUUUAUACAGCUGGUAUAAAAUUUGUUGCUGCUGCUGGAUAUUUUCAAACAGUUUCUGCUCAAGAACGACGUGAUCGUAAUCCUAUGACAUCAAAAUCUCUAACUAUGUCUAAAAAUACUGAUAAACCUCAAACAAUUGAUGAAUGUUUAGCUACAUUUGAUACAUGGCCUCAAAAUGCUCCAAUAUCAGCUCAAGUAUUAGCUGAUACAGGAUUUUAUUAUUUAGGUGAAGAAUUACGAGUAAAAUGUUUUAUGUGUGAUCUUGAAGUUGAUGAUUGGUGUCAUGGUAUGACUGCAAUUGGUACACAUCGUAAACGUAAAAAUGAUUGUGAAAUAGUUCGUGCAAUUGAUAGUAUUAAAACUGGUGAUAUACAAACAGUUAAUGAAAAAUGGCGUCUUGAAACACUUCUUGGUUUAUCAUUUACUUCAUCAAAUAUAAAUAAUCAUAAUCAAACAGAAAAUGAACAACAUUUAUGUUGUGAAUUAGCUGCAUGUGGUUUUUAUCGUUUUAAAAAUACAAAAUAUAUUCGUUGUGCAUAUUGUGGUGUAACAAUUGAACCAAAAUUUGGUCAAUCAAUUAUGUCACAACAUCGUUAUUUAACUAAACAAUCAAUUAAAACAACAACAAAUGAUCAACAUAAAGGAUUAACAGUUGAUUGUCUUAUGGUACGUGCAAAAUGUCCAGCUAAUAUUGUUAUAUCACAUCGAGAACGUUUUCCAGAAUAUCCACGAUAUCAAUCAAUAUUUGAUCGUAUUGAUUCAUUUAAAAAUUAUAAAGAGAAACAAGGAAUGGAUGAUUAUUCUAUACGUGAUAGGGCAGAAGCAGGAUUUUUUUUUGAUGAACAACGACGCACACGAUGUUUUCAAUGUGGUAAUGCAUUACCAAUUAGUGAUAAAAUACGACGAAAAAAAUAUUCACAAUAUAAUAUGGCACAAUUACAUGCACAUUUCUUUCCAACAUGUGAAUGGGUUAAAGAAAUCUUAGGCGUUAAAUAUAUUGCACAAGUUCUUCAUGAUCAACAAGAAUCAAAUCAACCACAAACUCAAACAUCAUUUUGUACACAAGCAUCAUCAAUAUUAUCUCCAACGAUUGCAGAUCCUGCAUCAACUAUUGUUAAUUAUACAUGUUCACCGUCGGCAAAUGAUACUGACGAACCUUAUACUGAUGAUUCUGAACACCUAACAGAUGAUGAAGAUCUUGAACUUGUAGCUGCACCAUCUACUGCCUAUCGUGGUUUUCAUACUUUAUCUCUGCAAUCACCAACUCCAUCAACACCAUCAUAUGAAUCAUCAACAACACAAAAAGCUCAAACUUGUUCGGAUUCAAUCACUAGUAAUGAUCAUAGUCAAUUGACACCAAUUGGUAUAACAGAACAGAUGAAUCAAUUUGAACAACAAUAUACCCGACAACAACAAGUAUAUGAACGUACAGAUGAUAGUACUUCAUCAGAUAGUUAUUCACAUGGAUUAUUAUCUUCAAUUGGAUCUUCACCAGUUGAUAUACGUUCUGUAUUAGCACAUGAAUCAAAUCGUUUAGAUACAUUUAAACAGCAUUAUCGUGAAACGUUUGCACAAGUUCCUGUUGCACAUCUUGCUUAUGUUGGAUUUUUUUUUAAUACUGAAGGUACUGCUGUUCAAUGUCAAUGGUGUGAAGUCUAUUUAACUGAACAACACUUUGAAAAUAUUGUGUGUACACAACCAACUGUUGCUUGUUCAACAGUAAGUGAUGAACCAUGGACACCAAUGCGUGUACAUCGAUAUGCAAAUGGAAUAAUGAUAGAUCAGAAUCAUCCAUGGUGUACAUGGGUUUAUCGAGAAGGCGGUGGACUUUAUCCAAAUGUUCCAAUGUUAAAAAGUCAAAUGCUUUAUCCAGAAUAUCCAUCUUAUUCAAACAUUGAAAAACGUAUUAAAUCAUUUACAUCUGAUUGGGUUUAUCCAAGUGGUAGUCGUCUUUCAAAUCAAAUGAUGGCUCAAGCUGGAUUUUUCUAUAUGGGUGGAAGUGAUGUUUGUUGUUAUUAUUGUGGUAAUAAAUUGCAAAAUUUUAAAUCACGUGAUUGUCCAUUUGAAGAACAUGCAACAUUUUUUCCUCUUUGUGAUUUUAUUCAAAAAGUACGCGGUCGUGAUUAUGUAAAUCGAAUUAUGUUAGAAUGUGAACGAAUUCCACAAGCACGAUUAAAAUAUGAAUUGGAUGGUUCACAAAAAAGUAAACGUAUUAUAUUUAAAGAAAGUGGUGCAACAAAACGUAAAAGUGAACGUCCACCAGUAACUCGAAGGAUUCCAUCUCCAGUACGUCCUGAAACAAUCGAUAAUGGUUGUCUUAUAUGUACAGCAAAUGCAGCUACACAUGAAUAUGAUCCUUGUCAACAUUGCCCAAUGUGUCAAGAAUGUUGUGCUCGUUUAGAUCCAGAAAAACUUCAAAGAUGUAUGCAUUGUCUUCAACCAGCUACAAUACGUAUACGUGUAUCAAAUAUACCACUUAUCCAGUGA